ACUAGCCGCGUUGGUAGGAAAACCACUAGCACCCGGAAAUGCGCCACUUUCUUCGGGUUCAUAUAACAAGUCAAAGCCACCGGCAAAUUGGAAUGUGAUGUAUCUGAGUUCAGAGACAGGGCAACAUACGACCAUUUAGGCUACCUUCGGGCAGAAUCAGAGAUGGCCAGCCAGAGCGAGGUGAUUGACAGGUUGAGGGCUACGUUCAGGUCAGGUGUGACCUUUCCAGAGCAGUUCCGUAUGACCCAGCUCCAGAACCUUCUCUCCCUAGUCGAAGAAAACGAGCAGCUGAUACAAGAUGCUCUCCACAAGGACCUCCAUAAGCCCAAGUUUGAGUCGGUCCUGUCAGAGAUUCAGAUAACCCUGAAUGACCUGUACUUCGCCAUGGAAAACCUCAGGACCUGGAUGCAGCCGGAAUACAACAUUGGCAAGAAUCUGGCCACAAGGAUGGAUGACUGUUUCAUACGCAGGGAACCCUUGGGGGUAGUUUUAAUCAUCGGGGCAUGGAACUACCCUCUACAUCUUAUUCUCUUACCUUUGGUUGCUGCAAUUGCUGCAGGAAACUGUGCCAUUCUGAAGCCGUCAGAGAUCUGUCAGGCCACCGAGCAACUCCUGGCAGAACUCAUCCCCAAAUACCUGUCUCAGGACUGCUAUGCAGUACUAUGUGGUGGAGCAGAGGACACCAAGUCAUUGCUGAAGAAUAAAUUUGACCACAUCUUCUACACAGGUUCCCAGGUGGUGGCCCGUUCCAUCCUGCUAGCGGCGGCACCUCACCUGACCCCCGUCACCCUGGAGCUGGGUGGCAAGAGCCCCUGCUUCAUCUACGGCCAUAUUGACAUCCAUAAGGCCGCCAAGCGCCUGUGCUGGUCCAAGUUCUUCAACACUGGCCAGAGCUGUGUGGCACCCGACUACGUCCUCUGCACAGCCCAGACCCGGGACGCCCUACUGCCCGCUCUCCGGGAGACCCUGCGGACCUUCUACGGGCCGGACCCCGGAGCGAGCCUGGACAUGGGGCGCAUAGUCACCCCACGCCACUGGAGACGCCUGAUGGACAUGCUGGAGAAGUCCAAGGGGAAGGUGGUGAUCGGAGGGGAGAGCCGUGAGGAGGACAGGUAUAUUGCUCCCACAGUGUUGGUGGACGUGCAGGAGUCUGAUGCUCUAAUGCAGGAGGAGAUCUUUGGCCCCAUCCUGCCCAUCCUAACCAUAGAGUCUCUGGAGGAGGGCAUAGACUACAUCAACCGCCAAGAGAAACCCCUGGCCCUCUACGUCUUCUCUGACGAGACCUCGGUGGUGACCACAGUGUUGAACAACACCAGUAGUGGUGGUUUCUGCGGCAAUGAUGGUAUAGUACACAUGGCCUUGCCAGGCCUGCCCUUUGGAGGAGUAGGUGCCAGUGGGAUGGGUAGCUACCACGGCCGCUGGGGCUUUGAGACAUUCAGCCACAGGCGGGGCUGUAUGAACCGGAGCUGGUUACUGGAGAGGGUCAACGUCCUGCGCUACCCGCCCUACAGCGACUACAACCUGGGCUGGUUGCGCUGGGCCACCACCUUCAAGAAGAACAGCUGGGGAGGCUGCUCAGUCAUGUGAGAGUGCUACCCGGUGCAUGCCUGACUGUACUCACAAAGCCAAUGGGCUUUUCUUAAAGGUCCAAUGCAGCGGUUUUUAUACAAUUAAGUACCUUACUGUGAUUGUUUUCAAUUAAAAUGGCCAACAAGUAACAUCUUCUUAGCAAAGAGCAAUUUCUCAAGCAAGAAUUUGCUAUGACUGCCUGGGAGUUGUCUGGAUGGGGAGGGGAAACUAGCUGUUGUUGGCAGAGGUUUGGAUCUCUUAUUGGUCUAUUAACUCAUUUACCGCCUGAGGUUGUCACCAGACAUUCCAAGAGUCCCUUCCCACCUAAACGGGCUGAAAUUUCAGGCGGUCUUUAUAAACUGCUCUUACACUAAAAGUAUCAUUUUUCACAGUAUUAUUCCAACAUCAUAAUGUAUAAAACACAGAAUCUAUUUUUUUGACUGCACUGGGCCUUUAAAGUAUCUGUUCAGUGUUCCAGAUUUCUAUUAUUUACCUCCAAUUCAAAAAAUAUAUAAUUUUCUCUGUUCCCUGCUUUGCCAGAUUGGAAACAGUGGUUGGGUGUGUACUGGUAGAAAAAAAAGCUGACAUGCCAGAUCAGCCAAUGAAAUGCACGAACACUUGUAUAUUCAAAUUAGCUACCAACUCCAUGUGGGGCAGUGCUGUACGCACUGCCUAGCACACUUGCCUUGUUUUUUUGGGUGGCCUUGGCUGUGUAUAGGUUGCCUGCCCUGUCCACUAAGAAUCCGGAUCACGUUCUGCACAUGUUAUUUUACACACACUACAUAACUGCUGCUCACACUCCCCUUCCUUUACGUUUCUCUCUUUACUCACCCCUUCUGAACUAUGAUGCCUAUCUCUGCCUCGUUUCUGAACAGCUGAAAUAAAAUAAACUGCUGCAAUUUGAUUGAACAUUCCCCAAAAUAUUGUUAAUGUAACUCCCCACUUGAGUUUUGCGUAGGAACUCUGUGUUUUCCACACACAGGCCCUACUAACUGCUAUUUUGCUUUUCAAUGAUCGUGCAAGUACAGCAUGAGAAGCGGUUCCACCUCUAGGCAGCCGAGCGCGUGAAUCCGGACCGGUAACCUCAGUCUGACAAUGGGCGAGUUAGUUCUGUGGUGCCGUGCGCUAUUACCUCUAUCGUUUGUCAACUACUGCCUACUAUACUGAACAAAAAUAUAAACGCAACAAUGUAAAUGAUUUUACUGAUUUUACAGUUCAUAUAAGGAAAUCAGUCAACUGAAAUAAAUUCCUUAAACUUUAAUCUAUGGAUUUCACAUGACUGGAGGGCAUAUGCCCACCUACUUGUGAGCCAGGCCCAGCCCAUCAGAAUGAGUUUUUCCCCACAAAGGGCUUUAUUAUUGACAUACUCUGCAGUUUAUCGGCUGUCCUGGGCUGGUUACACUGCGGUUGUGAGGCUGGUUGAAUGUACUACCAAAUUCUCUAAAAUGACAUUGGAGGCGGCUUAUGGUACAUAGAUGAACAUUACAUUUUCUGGCAACCGCUCUGGUGGACAUCUUCCUUGUGUUUGAUGUACAGUUACAACAGACCACAAGUUUCUACAAACAUGCCGAUCAUGUUUUCUGUGUACAACAUGAGAGCUGCAUGUUAGCCUAACACCCUUCCUGAAAAAAGAACAUGAAAUUGCACUUGAGGCAUGGAAUGCGUCGAUUGAACAUGCCCACCAUAUCUUUAGUGUACAACACAACGUUUCCCCCUCCAUGUCAAGGAGGAAGCAGCGGCAGCAGAGCAUGUUAGCUUAUUGCUUCUAAACAGCCAGCAGGCCAACUUACAAACCCCACAUUUUAAAAUGGAAGUGACUGAGUUGUAUAGGCUUACUCCUUUUUGCUAACACAACCUGUGGAUUGCUUGUGCGCUGCAGUUUUAGUGGGCCUUUUGGUUUGAGUACUUGAAAAGAAGGCUGUACUUGUAUAGGGCCAUUGAGUCAGCAGAAAAGAGCUGCUACCUGUGGUUCUGGUUUAACCAGGUUAUUCAAGGGAGGGACACAGGCUGCAUCUCAAUAGUCUUGAUUUGGCUUCCUUCCCUUGUCUCUCCUUUACCACAAACUGGAAAACUGAAGAAAGGUGAAAGUCAUGUGGUAGAUACCAAUGGCUUUCACCUGUCCUGUUCUUUCAAUCUUCGCAGCUGAAGGGAAGGAGAGCUUCUAUUGCAAUCCACCCAGGGUGUGGUUUCCGUUCUGUGUGUUCACUGCUACAUCACAAUGGUCUAAACCUGCUUCUUCCACUCAUCUUGCUUUGACCCAUCAGACUAGAUGAGUGGAAGCCACUAUAUUGAAAUGUUUCCCCAGAUUUUAAAAUGCACUGGCUACCAGGGUCUGGAGAGGUAAAGGGUUUUUAGCACUGUUGCACAAGACCCCCAUUGUUUACCAUGGGGUUAGUAUAGUUCACAGAACGGUCUUAUGUAACAAUUUUACUGGGUUUUGUUAAACGCUGUGUGACAUUAGGUGGUGGAUGUGUUUUGAUUUUAAAAGUUUUGUUCAGAAGACAUUAAUAAAACUUUCAUUUACAUGA